CCAGCCCAGCCCCCCCUCUCCUCCCUCCCUCCCUCCCCUCCUCUCCGGCCUCGCCCACGCGCCGCUUCUCGCGCGGGGAGAGAGAGAGAGAGACGGACGACGCGGAGAUCGAUCGGGCGAAGGCCGCCGCCGCAUCGGAGCACGCGCGUGCGCGACGACGUCCCCGCCUCGCUCGGCCCGGGAGUUAGGGCGCGAUGGCGGCGCCGCCGGCCAGGGCUCGGGCCGACUACGACUACCUCAUCAAGCUCCUCCUCAUCGGCGACAGCGGUGUUGGAAAAAGUUGUCUGCUCCUACGGUUCUCAGAUGGCUCCUUCACCACUAGCUUCAUCACAACUAUUGGUAUCGACUUCAAGAUAAGGACUGUUGAGUUGGAUGGCAAACGGAUCAAGUUGCAGAUCUGGGAUACUGCUGGCCAAGAGCGCUUUCGGACUAUAACUACUGCCUACUACAGGGGGGCGAUGGGCAUUUUACUUGUUUAUGAUGUCACGGAUGAGGCGUCAUUCAAUAACAUAAGAAAUUGGAUCAAAAACAUUGAACAGCAUGCUUCAGAUAACGUGAGCAAAAUUUUGGUGGGGAACAAAGCGGAUAUGGAUGAAAGCAAAAGGGCUGUUCCCACUUCAAAGGGCCAGGCCCUGGCCGAUGAAUAUGGCAUUCAGUUCUUUGAAGCGAGUGCAAAGACAAACAUGAAUGUCGAGCAGGUUUUCUUCUCUAUAGCAAGAGACAUCAAACAGAGACUCUCGGAGGCUGAUUCCAAGGCUGAGGGGGGGACUAUCAAGAUCAACACGGAGGGUGAUGCCAGUGCAGCAGCAGGACAGAAGUCGGCUUGCUGUGGGUCUUGAACCGUCGUCGUCGCUACGGGGAAAAAAGAUGGUUGCGACACGGUGCUUGUAAUUCUUGUCAUUCCAUUCUUUGCCUGCUGGUUUCGUUGUGUUAAUUUAAGUUAUCGCUGUUGUUAGGAUUUGGGCAAAUUUGGUGUUGAGUCAGAGCAAUUACUUUGCAGUAUCGGUGGAAUUUUUUUGUUUUUCUUGAGAUGAAACUCUGCUGCUCCA